AUGUCGUUGCGGAGCCGUAGUCGGAGCCAAGAUGCCCCAAGGCAGGAAGGUCUUCUUGUGAGAGUGUCUGCGCUCUCGGGCAGCCUGCUUCUGGAGCGGCGAUUCUCCAAAGAUGAGGUCAUCGCCAAAGUCCGGGAGACGGUUCAACAAGAGGCCAAAGAGCCUCUGACCCAGCUAAAGCUCAUCCAGGAGAAGGGGGACAAGGAACUCCCCGAGGGCGCGCGUCUCGAUGAGCUGCCGCUCAACAACAAAGGCUUUCUGGACCUCACAGCGCUGCGCACCCCUGCGCACUGUGCCCUCGUCGGCUUCGGCGAUGGAACCCUGCGCCUCUGGGACCUCGAGCGCGGGGCUUUGGCGCGCAACCUUCUUCCCGCCGGCCCGGCGGUAUCAGGCGUGUCAGGUAUCUUCCGGGACUGGCACUGCGGUUCAGUUAGUGGGCUUGCAGGGAGUUCAGCUGUUUUGUUCUAA